AAAAAAAAACGAAUGUGUUUUCAAUCGGCUGGCGUUGGCUGCUGCCGUUGAGCAGAUUCAAAAGAAAAUAAAAAGCCCUUCUUAUAGCAGAAAACUAUAUCGACUUUCAUGUUCAAAUCGGGUAAUCAGGUAGAAACAUUCCAACUGAAAGAAAAACAUAAUUUCGAUGAAAACUAUAAUCCAAGCCCUUGAGAAGGUACAAUUCUCUUCUUUCUUUAUUAUCCAUACGCACUUGCAUACAGUUUCAAGAUCUGAGACUCUGGCGAUCUAAAUCUUUCCAUUUAAAGCUUAAUUUGGGUUGCUCAAUGUGCUCAGAAUACCGGAUCUCGAGGUGAUGUUGUGGUUAUUAUUUGAACUUGUUCAUGUCUUUUCACACGAAUUAAUUUAGAACCUGUAGAAGUGUAGAAAUAACUCAGCAACAAUAGUUGACAGUAUGAUAACACCUAGAUUGUCUUUUUUCGGUAUUGGGGGUUCAAAGAAGGUUAAUGAUUUGUCAGAUGGUCGGAAAAGUCAACUUGCACCAACAAUCAAACUACAAACAAAUAAAGACGUAUAUAGACCUGGGGAUUCCAUUUUUGUUACAAUUGAGAUAUCCAAUCCCUGUAAUGGCGCUUCAGAAAGAACUCUAUGUUCAUUGUUAAUUGAAAAGCUUGGGUUUGAGAUUAAAGGUAUCGAGAAGUUGGAUCCUCAGUGGUUUGCUACUCAGAAGCAAUUCCCUGGAUCUAGACAGCGGAGAGGUGAUCAUAUUUUUAUGGACUGUUCAACAUCAUCACUGGUUUCUAAUCAGAUUUUGUCCUCUGGUGCCACAAAAACAUAUGUGGUGCGAGCUGUGCUGCCUGGCAUUAUACCACCAUCUUAUCGUGGUGCUGCAAUUCGGUAUCUGUACUAUGUUAAGGGUGCAUUAACUGGACAAUGGCUGACAUUAGAAAAUGGCCAUUCUCACACAGAGUUAUCUAAGGAUCUCAUUGAACUGGAAGCUCGCGUACCAUUGCAAAUAUGGGCUACUCAGAAGAGUAAUGGCCUGCUAAUGGAAGAAGGUCAAAAUGACGGGACUGUUCCUACUGCAACCCUCCAACUGGAUGUAUAUUGGAAAGUAAUCGAUGGAGAUACUGAAACUGAAUGGGCUAGAGCAAAUGAUAUAGAUGAUGGAGUGGAGGAAGGUUAUGACAGUUCCAGAGAUGAUUUCUCAUCUUUUUCUUCCUAUAAUCCUACUAAAGAAAGCUUACACAAAACUUUUGGAAGUUCUUUGUCCUUGCAAUCAUUUGCAGCAAGGUCUUCAAAUAAGGAAGCUUCACUUGUUGAAGGAAGACGUACAAGUUUAUCAACUCUGGCAUAUCCUCGGCUGUCUGCAGCUGAGGUUUUAUAUGGUUGUGGUGCGGAUAUUUCAUCACCUGAUAAGUCAGUAUCCACCAUGUCUUCAAGUCAGCAGCAGAAGAUUGUGAAACCCCAAUCUGAAUAUGGUAUUGUAGGGGAAUCCUCUCCACCUGGUGUAGGAACCAGUGGACCAGCAACAUCAGAAGGCUUUAUUCGAGGAAAGUCUUACAACAUCAGGAUGGACGAUCAAGUUCUACUGAGAUUUUCCCCAAAGAAUUCUGACUCCACUUAUUACUUCAGUGACAUGAUUGGUGGAACUCUUACUUUUCUUCAUGAAGAAAGAUCAAGAAGAUGCCUUGAGGUCUCAGUGACACUAGAAACUUCAGAGACCAUAAAUAGGCAAUUUGUUCAUCCUUCUCGCAGGAAUUCCCCAACAAUCACAAAGGUUCAGAGUGAUCAUCAUGAGGCUGUUGCAGAUUUGGUGGAGACCAGCUUUCUUUUUUCUGUACCCAUGGAUGGGCCCAUGUCCUUUUCUACUCUACAUGUCUCGGUGCAAUGGGUCCUGCGAUUUGAAUUUUUUACAACCCCAAAGAAUGUUGAUUGGAGAAGAUACGAGCAUCCUCUUCUGGUAGAGGGUAGAGACAAGAGUGAGUGGGUUCUCCCUAUAACUGUGCAUGCACCUCCACCUGGUACUCCAGGAGCCCAUACCCACAGCGAGAAGCAUUCCUCUUUGGAACCUUUAUGGUUCCAAACUUGAAGGAAAUGAUCGGAAAGUAAACAAGUGGAAUUCGAUUUGAUAUUUAUGGCUUAUGACGACGAGCCAAGAGGAGCUGGCUUAGCUUCAUUUCCAUGCAAGGUUGCUUUUGCCUUUAAGCUGGGGCCAUGUAAAGAAGAUGCGCAAAUGCUCGGCUAAAGAGGGACGUCUCCACAUUUGGGGUCUGAACAUUGCAACUGUGAUGACCAGAAUUUCAAAUUUUUGUAGCCUAAUAUUGAAUUUUUUUUUGGGAGUAAUUCAGCCUAAGCACACAUGGGUUUUGAGCGCUUGAGCUAAGACAUUAGGUGCACACCAUGCCACUGGCUUCGGCCUGCACAAGGCACUGCUAACACCUUCCACUACAUGAAACCUAAAGAAAUUCCAAUUCUCCAAAUUUUAUAGAUUGUAAGAAAUUUAAGAGUUAUUCUCUAAAAGGAAAGGAAAUUUGAAGGCAGUAGCCUAUCGAAGCACCA